CUUUAUACACAAAGCAAUUCCACUUCUUCUUCUUAUUCCCCUUUGACGCCGAUAUGAAAAAGCAAGAUAGAAGAUCUUGUAACUGAAUGUACAUUUAAACAUAAAAUUACAGAAGCGCUUUUAUACCAAGAGAGUUUACAUAUUUAACCAGUUUUCCCGAGGACAGUGUUGAAGGCGGAUCUACGGAACACAACUGCACAAUAAUUUAGGUCGAAGUAUUAGGUACCUCUCGUUGCUUAAUACAUUCGGCCACAAACAGAGAGACCAUUAACACAAAUAUCUAUGCUGCUAUCAUUCAGUCGACGGUCCGUGUAGAAUUGAUAUACCUAACUGAAAUUUGGUGGUCCAGUCAGUACAUAACGGUGCUUCGUUCAAUAAACUGUAACGAGUUCUUGGUUAAUAACUUUCAACAUUUAACAUGGAAAAAUUUCUUAUUUUGAAAGACAAUACCCGAAAGGUACGACGUUUCAAUUUAAGCGGCCGUACUUUGGAAUUUAAGUUAAAGCCCAUACCUAAAGAUGCCAACCCCAUACACUGGACAAAAGAAGCAAUCACACAAAUUGUUCAUAAAGGUGUAGAAGGAUUGUCUCCACAUGAUAUGGUGGGUUUUUCCUUUUGUUCUAAAGAUUUUAAGAAUGGCGAAGGAUGGUUGCAAUUUCGAACUGCUGGCGAGCUUUCUGUUGGUGACAUUUGGAAGAUGAUAUCCUCAAUUUAUCAGUCCAACUCUAGCGGAUUAAAUACUGAAACGUUUUGUCUUCGAGUAACAUCUGUGCGUUUACCCUCUGGAAACGGUAGACCUCGAACGUACAACAGCUAUACGGAGGAGUGUAGUAGACGCCGCGGUAUUGUGGUUAUAAAAAACAAAGAUAAUCUCUGCCUACCCCGCGCCUUGAUCGUUGGAAAAGCACACGCGGAUAAAGACUCUGAUUAUAAUCGCAUUCGCGAUAGAGCUACUGUGCAAAAGGCUAGAGCUCAACAGCUGGUUCAAGAAGCAAAUGUAAUAAUACCAUCAGGCGGUUGUAGUAUAGAAGAACUACGAGGAUUUCAGCAAUAUUUGGUUGAUUAUAAGAUUACAGUGUAUCAACACAAUACCAAAGGCAGGGAAGUGGUGUUUGAAGGUCCCGAAAUGAAUAAAAAAAUAAAUCUGCUUUACGACGACAAUCAUUUCAACGUGAUUACUUCAUUAACGGCUGCUUUCGCGUGCAGCUAUUAUUGCGAACCCUGUCAUACACCGUUCGAUCACAAAAACAACCACCGAUGUGAGGUUACGUGUGCUGCGUGUCAACAAACACCAGCAUGUUCACCAGAUGGAGAUAUCAAAAUUAAUUGCGAAAAAUGUAAAAGAGUGUUUCGGGGAAAAACGUGUUUUGAAAAUCACAAAGUACAUAAUAUAUGCUCCCAAAUUAGUCGUUGUGAAAACUGUUUUGCUAUAUACCGCAACACCAGGAACCAUAUCUGUGGAGAGGUGUUUUGUAAGACGUGUAACUGCCAUGUAGAAAGGGAUCACCUCUGUUAUAUGCCUAUAGAUAGAGGUACCCCGAAAAUAGAGAAUACGCUUUUUGUGUUUUACGAUUUAGAAACUAUGCAAGAGCAAAAAUUGUCAAAUGGCUCUCUUUUACAUCAACCUAAUCUGUGUGUGUUCGUACAGUGCUGUGACAAGUGUAUAAACGAAAAGAAACUAUAUUUUUGUCAAAAGUGCGGUUUUCGGCAAAAAAUAUUGACCGCUGAUGUAAUACCGACAUUUAUGGUACACAUCUUAAACAUGAGAAAAAAAUUCAAAAACAUUAUCGUCGUUGCUCACAAUGGUGGCGGUUUCGAUCAUCAGUUCAUUUUAAACUACGUUCUAACACAAACCGACCUAAAACCAGACUUGAUAAUGAGAGGAACUAAAUUGAUUUCUAUGAUGUUAGAGAAUAUUAAAUUUCUUGAUUCCUUAAACUACUUUCAAAUGGCACUGAGUAAAUUACCUAAAGUUUUCGGUUUAAAAGAGCUAAAGAAAGGCUACUUUCCACAUUUGUUCAACAUAACAGAAAACCAAAAUUAUAUAGGCCCAAUUCCACCCAUAGAAACCUUCGACCCAGAUAACCUCAGGUGCAACGAGAGACAAGAAUUGAUGGAAUGGCAUGCGGGAAAGAUAGCUGAAAAUUACGUGUUUAACUUUAAAGAAGAACUUAUAGAAUAUUGUGUAUCCGAUGUAGAUAUAUUAGCACAGUCGUGCCUCAAAUUUAGACAAUUGAUGAUAAAGGAGGGAAAUGUUUGUCCCUUUACAGAAAGUGUCACACUACCGGGGGCGUGUAAUAAAAUAUUCCGUCGCGGGUUUAUGACACCAAACACCAUAGGAUUAAUACCAAAGGGUGGUUACAGACAUUGUGACAACCAAUCGAAAAUUGCUACACGGUGGUUACUAAUAGAAGAGUGCAAACGCCAAGUUGAUAUAGUACAUUCCGCUAAGCAGAAAGAAGCCAGAGUUGCAGGUGUAAAAGUUGAUGGUUUUUGUGUCGAAACCAAUGAAGUAUACGAGUUCUACGGAUGUUACUAUCAUGGCUGUCCUAAGUGCUUCAAACAUGCAAGAAACGUACCUCUAUCGGAUAAUACAGCGGAGACGCUUGAGUACCGUUAUGAAGCCACACUAGCAAAAUCAAAUAGAUUAAAAGAAUUGGACUACUCGGUUAUCGAGAUGUGGGAGUGUGAUUUUCGACGGUUGAUGACAAAGGAACAGUAUAAUUAUACGGAAACACACCCUAUAAUGUCCUAUUCACCACUCAACCCAAGAGAUGCAUUUUAUGGAGGGCGAACAGGGAACGUGAAAUCGUUUUACAAAGCAAAGCAAGAUGAACAAAUAAAAUACGUCGAUUUUACCUCCCUCUACCCCUAUGUUAAUAAAUACUGUAGUUACCCUAUAGGACACCCCACAGUAUAUAUUGGAGGGGACUGUGGUAAAUUAAAUCUUGAAACGAUAGAUGGAUUAAUUAAAUGCAAAGUGUUACCACCACAGUCAUUAUUCCAUCCGGUGCUGCCUGUAAAAAUGAAUAAAAAAUUAAUGUUUGUUCUUUGUCGUUCAUGCGGUGAGAGUUUCAACCAAGGGUCUUGUAAACAUAACGACGAUGAGCGCGCGUUAACAGGAACUUGGGUGAUAGAUGAAGUUAAGAAAGCUAUCGAAAAAGGAUACAAACUCUUAGUAACUUAUGAGAUAUGGAAAUACGACACCGAACAGUAUAACAGAAACACUAAAACUGGUGGGUUGUUUAAUGGGUAUAUAAAUAAAUUUUUGGGUAUUAAACAACAAAGUUCCGGAUGGCCAUCUAAUUGUGACACUCCAGAAAGAAAAGACAAGUAUGUUAAAGAGUAUUACGAAACCGAAGGUGUUCUACUUGAUCCUACCAAAAUUGAAAAAAAUCCUGGUUUGCGACAGUUAGGAAAAUCGGUGAUUACUUCAUUUUGGGGAAAACUAGGACAACGUGAGAAUCAGAGUAAAACCACCAUUAUCAGACAGUCUGGCGAAUUCUACAAUAUCAUUACAAAUCCUUCAAUUGAUAUAAAUUCUGUUUUGCCAAUUAAUGAAGAAACGCUACUUGUUAACUGGGAAUAUAAAGAAGAAGCUUACAAUCCUUUGUCGACGGUGAAUGUUGUUCUUGCCGCCUACACAACUGCUCAUGCGCGAUUAAAGUUAUAUGAAUAUUUGGAACGGUUGGACGAUAGGGUUCUUUACUACGAUACAGAUUCGAUAAUCUACGUUUCGGCUCCGGAACUGUACGAUCCACCACUAGGUCAAUUUUUGGGCGAGUUAACCAAUGAAUUAGAAGACGAAGGUAUUGGAAGCUACAUCAAAGAAUUUGUAUCAGGAGGUCCUAAAAAUUACGCAUACAAAGCGUGGUCCAGCUCUAAGGGAUGUGACGUCACUGUUUGCAAAGUUAAAGGAAUAUCGUUAACAUAUAAAACUGCUCAAAUAAUAAAUUUCGAUAAAAUAAUGAAAAUGGUCCUUGAAGAAGAAGAAGCCAUUCCGAUCACAUCUUCUCUUAUAAAACGAUCAACAGAACACGAUGUAUUCACAAGUAGCACCACAAAGCUGUACCGACCCAACUCCACAAAAAGACGCUUUGCUUCUGACGGUUCUUCACACCCGUAUGGAUUUAAAAAACUUAGGGUAGAUAAUGUCAGAAUAAGUAACGACUUAUGAUCAUUUUUACACUGCUCAUAUUUUGUAAAAUACCUAUGUAAUGUAUAAUCAACCUAUGUAACAAAUUUUGUAACAAAAGUAUAAUAAUAAAUCUGCAAAGCUUUUAUCUUAUUGAGGUUUUCGUAAAUGACCGCGUACACUACAUUUGUACAUAUAAAUCAACAUAGGUAUGUACCAAAGAGUUGCUCUUGUCUUAAAUAUAGUUAACACACAUAUAUGAAACGUUCUGGUGGUCCAGUGUACAGGACGCUCGCUUCUUAAUCGGACAACCCAGGUUCGAACCCCAGGACAAGAAAAAAGUUUUUCAGAAUUAAUCCAGGCGCAGUGCCUGUCUGACGCCCCAUCCCUACUAGAGGCUCUUAACUCGUACGAAAUACGCUCGCACUUCCCCAGUUAAUCGCCGGCGGCGGGCCCGUAUAGGUGAACGUCAAGUUCUCAUAAAGCCAUAACAAUUGUAUGACGCACAUGACAGAUACCCACGUAGAAGCUUAGGACCUCUCCUUAAACGGCCAGGUUAGAGAAGUAGAGGACUUCCCAGGUAGGUGACAUAUACCAAAGGACACAGUUCCCACGGUCUAGGAUCUCCCAGGUAGCCGGCAUAUAACAAAGGAAAAAGUUCCCACGGUCUAGGGCCACACACGUAGCAGGAAUACCACAAAGGAAAAAGUUCCCACGCUCUAGGACCACGCCCAUAUGGGCGGCAUAUAUCAAAGGAAAAAGUUCCCACGGUCUAGGGCCACACCCUCGAAGGCGGCAUACAUCAAAGGAAAAAAAGUUCCCACGCUCCACAAAAUUUUCCCACGGUCAAGU